GCCUCCUCGACGCUCGCGGCGAUGGGCGAUGACGCCGCGCCCGUCCACUUCAUUGCUCCCUCGGAGCAGAUGAAGCGGCUCUUCACGCUGCCCUUCACGCCGGGCCGGGUCGCCUUCCCUGUCCACCGCGUCGGUAACGCCCUAGUGCUCGACGGAAGCAGCGACCUCGACGCGGCGGGCGGCGCCUCGUCGGAACAAGCCCUCGUGGACGCGCUCGGCUCCAUCGCCCCGCUCGCUCGCGGGUCGAGCGAGGCUCCGGACGCGGCGCUCGCCCUGCCUUCGCCGCCGCCGCCGCCUCGCUCACUCACCUCGCUCGCCGUGCCAGCCUCGGCUGACGAGCCAGCGCAGGCGGCGGCAGGCGAGGCGUCGAGGCUGGCGGCGGCAGGCGCGCUCGAGCAGCUCCCCCCGCCUCCGCCUGCCGGAUCCGCCACCUCCUCCGCCACCUCCUCUGCCACCUCCUCCGCCUCCUCCGCCACCUCCUCUGCCGCCACCUCUGCCGCCACCUCUGCCGCCACCUCUGCCGCCACCUCUGCCGCCACCUCUGCCGCCACCUCUGCCGCCACCUCUGCCGCCACCUCUGCCGCCACCUCUGCCGCCACCUCUGCCGCCACCUCUGCCGCCACCUCUGCCGCCACCACCUCCUCCGCCACCUCCUCCGCCACCUCCUCCGCUGCCACCGCCGCGCCGCCACAGCCACCCGCCCACGCCUCCCUCCCCUCCACCCUCCACUCCUCCCUCUACUCCCGCUUCCUUCACCACUCCGUCUCGCCUCCGCCGCCGGGGGGCGCACACGCACCGGACCCGCCAGCAGCUGCACCCGCACCGCCAGCAGCUGCACCCGCACCGCUGCCCGCCUCGUUCGCCGCGCCGCCCGCCGCCGCCGCCGGGGCGGAGGACGGCUCGGGGGAGAAGAAGGCGCUGCCGAGGGGUGGGUCCCCUCCCCGGGGCGGCAGGGAGGGCCCCCCUCCCCGGGAGAGGGGGGAGGAGGGGGGAGGCGCCGAGCCGGAGACGCGCUGGACGUUUUGGACGCCGCAGAGCGGCGCCGCGGCGCCGCCGGAGCGGCGGGGUAGCGCGGAGGCUGCUCCCGCCGCCGAGGGGGGAGGGGGCGAGGAGACGCGCUGGACGUACUGGGAAGCGCUCCCCGCCGAGGCGAGGGGGGAGGCAAGGGGGGAGGCAAGGGGGGAGGCCAGGGGGGAGGCCAGGGGGAAGCGCCUCUGCGCGGCGCGUCGCCGUCCUCGGAGCUGGCACGGCCGGGGCGGGGUCGAUGCCUCUCCGCCCGGCCACCACCCUCGACUACUGGCUCGAUAACCUGAUGGCAGCCAUCCCGACGGUCGCUGUGUGCGGCCACGUCGGAGGGGUGGUGCAGGGGUACCAGGUGGUCAAGACAGAGGAGCUCCCGAACUGGCCGGGCGCGGUGUUCGACUCGGCGGCCGUGCUCGACAACGCGCACGCGCUCCUCUCCUUCCUGCACGCGCACUGCACCCGGCCGGGAGGGUCGUAUUGGGUUCUCAAGGAGGCUGGCGCUGACUUCCUGCGCGUCUUCGACCUGCGCGCGCUCUGCGACGCGUACACGGCCACCACCCACGCCGCGCACAACCCGUUCGGCCACGCGGUCGCCCUCAUGUGCUGGCGGAUGGCGCAGCGGCCCCCCUCGGGCGGCGGGUUGUCCGCGUCGGAGCGGCGCUCGCUGCUGCUGCAGUGCACCGAGCUCCUCGGGGCGAUCCGCGGUGCGGCGCUCGCCACCGCCCAGCCUCCGCCGCGCACCUCCCAGCUGCUGCGCGAGGUGCCCGAGCUCCAGGCCGUCUCGGAGGCGGGCCGGCUGGCGGAGCACCGCGCGGAGCUCGCACUCGGCCUCGCCACCGCCUCGCUCUCCCUGUGCGACGCGCUCAGGGAGGAGGCGCCCCCUGGCGAGGCCGAGGCCGAGAGGAGGGGGGCGGCGGGACAAGAGGGCGGCGGCGCGCCCGGCUCGGGCGCGCUCGGCUGCGCCGCCUCGAAGCUGCACCUGUUGCGUGCCGCCGCACUGACGCUCGUCGCGUGCACCGGCGGCACCGCUGGCGCCGUGGACGUGCCACGCCCCUCGACCCUCCCGUCGCCGCUCGUCCUUCCGGGAGAGCGCUCAGGCCGAGCCGCCCCACCGUCGCCGCCGCCGUCCCCGCGCAGUGUCCCUCUGAGCGGCCGCGGCGGCGGCGGCGGCGGCGGCGGCGGCGGCGGCGGCGGCGGCGCAAAGGCGUCGACGGCGCGGCCGCGGUGCAGCGUGCGGAGCCUGCCGAUCCUCGCCCAGCUGGCGCAGCAGGCGGGCGACACAUGGAUGAGGCUCUCCGAGGCGGGCGGCGACGCUGCCUCGCCCGCCUCCGAGCCAGCGCAGGCCUCCGCCCUGCGCGACUGGCUCUCCGACACGCUGACGGCGGGCGGCGUCGCGCCGCUCCCGUCGCUGGCGGGGGCGCUGGGCAGCGAGACGGCGGCGCUCAGCCGGGCCGGCAACGUGCAGGACGCUUGCGGCUGCUACUACUGGGCCCUCCGGCUGAGCGACAAGGUUGGGGCGGACCCGCCCGCGCUGGUGCGCAGACUCGGCGGCGGCCUCAACCAGCGAGGCCGGCUCGCGCUCGUCGCGGGGGAGCUGCGCGCCGCGGAGGCCUCCUUUCGGGACGCGUUCGCCGCAUUCUCGCACGCGUCCGACCCUGUCAACGCGGCGCUCGUCCUCGUCAACCACGCGACUGUCUGCCGCUCGCGCGCCCGCUCGAAGCAGCGCGCCCGCUCGUCGUGUCGCUCGGCCACGCUGCAGGCGCUGGUCGCUGCCGGCGCGUCGCUGCCGCCCGAGGGAGGCGUUGGCGGGGGGGAGGGAGUCGCACCGGGCCUCACCAGGCCGGCGCUCUCUCCCAUCGCAGGCGCCGCCGUGCUCGAGGAGGUCCCGAGUGCCGAGGAGGUGGAGCAGCUGGCCGAGGCGGCGAGGCAGCAGCGGAGGGCGGUGGACGCGAUCCGGCCGCUCCGAGGCGCGCAGCCCUCCUUCUACCUCGCGUCGGUGCGCCAGCUAGCGGACGACGAGCGCGAGCUCGGGCUCACGCUGCUCGCCGCCAUCGAGCGCAGCGCCGAGCGCGGCGCCGAGCGCGGCGCCGAGCGCGCGGAGCCGGCGUUCGGGCGGGCGGCCGAGUCACUAGGCCGCGCCCAAGCCCUCAACGAGGAGCUGGGCGAGGCCGCGCGCGCGCAGGAGAUGGCGCGGUGGCAGGGCUUCCUCUACCUGGUCGGAGCGAGGCGCGAGCGCGGCGGCGGCGGAGGCCGCGGGCGGACGACGGCAUCGUCGCGCCUCACGCUCGCCCUCAGGCACUAUGAUCGCGCGCUCUCGCCACCCGCAGAGGGGUCCGCGUCGGCAGCGAUGGAGGAGUGCGCGGCUGCGUGCCGCCUCGACCUCGCCACCUUCUACCUCUCCUCGUCGGGCGCGGGGGCAGGCGCGACUGCGGCCGCGGGCACGGCGGGGGGCGGCCACCGCGCACGGCUCGAGUCCGGGCUGACGCACGCUCGCGCCGGGCUGAGCCUCCUGCAAGGCCGACCGGUUGCGAGCGGCGGUGGCGACGCCGACGAUUCCCUCGUCGCUUCCCUCCGAAGGGACCUGGCCGACGCCGCCGAGCGGCUCCUUCGCGAGCUCAUCCGUGCGACGGCGGUAGCGGGCAACAGCUCGAGGGCGGAGACACUCAAGGAGGAGUAUCGGGCCUUGCUGAGCAGUCGGACAGACCCCAAGUCCAGGUGAGUGCGUAAUCGUAGGGGGGCGCAGCUGCCAGAUUAAUCAAAAACAUAAA